GGCUGAUGUUUCAAGAUUGGAGAAGAUUAGAAACUCCAACAAAAAACAGUCUAUUUACUGCGCUCCGCCAUUUAGCGACCUCUUACAUGGCCAGGACUUGUCUUGCGCAUUUUGCAUUCUCAUCUUUGCCGCCUACGUAAAAGCGACGACGCACUGAACAGAGCCAGGUGGACGGCCUUUAUCCGUUAGCCGCUAACCUCGUUCGGCUCGUACAACACUGCUCUCCCCUGAAAGACCUCGGACAUCAUGAAUCCGGACGAGAAACACGGCUACCCUGCCCAUCCGUACCCUACAAACCCAGAGUACAAUCCCGAAAUGUACGGGCCGCCUCCUCAGUACGGAAUGAAUCCUUCCUACCCAUACGCCCCGCCGUCGGAGAGCGGACACAUGGUUCAUCAGGACAGUGCAACUACGCUGCACUCAAUGCCAACCCAAUCGGAAUACAGCUAUCCUCCUCCUCCGGGUUCGACACUCGGUUAUCGUCCCUCUACAGACCAAGCAACUGGCGCAUACCAUGGCACCAGUCGACCCCCGUCCCUUCUUCGCAAAGAUUCUCCUCUCCCCUAUAAUCCACUUUAUGAUAAAGACGACGACCACGGAAUUGGUGGUACGCGAUACUGCUGCGGGUGCUUCAAAACUCGCCGUAACUGCGUGGGAUGCUGUUGUUUCCUCCUUCUAUUCGUCUUGGCCGGUGUGGGUGUCGCUGUUUUCUUUCUGUUCCCGAGAAUUCCCGACAUUGUAGUUUCGGAUGUCUAUUUUCCGUCAUCACCGGCGGGAUUUAAGGUCCCCGCCAAAGGUCCUGGGUCCAGCUGGAGGCCUGGCUUCAGUGAUGAUGGUUCCCUUGUCAGCGCUACAAAGGCCAGUCCUUACACAUUCUCUAUUGGCAUUGGUGUCAAUAUUUCUGUGGCUUCAGAAAACUAUGUGUCUUUCAACGUGAAGACACUUACAAUAUCGGGCACGUUGAAGAAUAACAACGGGCAGCUUGUAGACACUACAAAUUCAGCUAAUAAGCUGUCCACUAGCUCUGUUGUCAAUGAUAUCGACUUCCCAGGAAGGCAAACUACGGUGGUGCAACUACCAAUCGCUAUCAACUACACCAUCACGGAGCCCGUUCAAAUUCCGAGCGAUCCGGUUCUCGGAGUACUCCUUCAAGCCUGCGGCAUUUUUGCGAAUGGGGGCUCAGCAGGAAGGAUUCGCAUGCAGAUCGUCGCCAUCGUCGACUUGAAAAUCAUUUCCUGGACGGGACAAAAGAUUACAAGCAAGAAGGAUGUGGACUUUGAGUGUCCCAGCAAUGUCGCGGGCGAAUUGGCAAAGAAGUUUGGUCAAAACGUGCUGGGCGGUGCUCUUAAUGCGUUAGGAAAUGCGGUUGAGGGGAAGGAUCCUCAAGAUUUGCUGAGCAAUGUGCUGGGACGAAGGACGGGCUAAUGGAUAUACUCGUAUAUUAUCUGAUUAGGAUAUGUAGAAAUGUUGUCAUAUAUUGGAAUUCCUGUGAUGCGUUAAUAUCAUAUAUCUCCGU